AUGGCAGCCGAUCCAUCAGGAUCCCCCGCCGGCGUGGCCAACGGCACUCCUGAUUCAUCACAAAGUUCCGAGAUGCCACGAAUUUCUCAAUUCGCAGUCGUCGACAUAUUCUUCCCCGGAUUCUCAACCUACGCAGGAUUCAUACAAAAAUAUCUCCGUAUCGAUCUCAACCUAUACAUCCCUCUACUACUUCUAGCCGGUGCUCUAACAGUAGUCUGGAGUUACACAAGUUCCUACUUACAAGACAAACUUGAAACUCAUUUCAUGUCCACCGUCGACAUCCGAACUGACGAUGAAAUCUACAACAUUAUAAUGGCCUGGGUAACCCGGCAGCGAUUCUCAAAAGGCGCUCGGAAAUUCGUAGCUAGUACCAACAUCAACUCCCGGUGCUACUACCUUUGGGACGGGGGCUACGACUACGACGAUGAUGACGAUGAAGAGUAUAGAGAGUCGGACGCUAGUGCGAAGAAGAACAAGACUUUGUCGUACACGCCCGCCUUCGGAAGCCACUACUUCUGGUACCGCGGCCGCUUGCUCGUGUUCAAGCGGUCCACUGGCCGGAACCAAAUGUCCUCCGCGACACUCAGUCAACGCGAGGAGAUCUCGCUGUCAUGUUUCGGCCGCGAUCCCUGGAUUCUGAAGGAGCUUCUUAUGGAGGCUCGUGAGCUGUAUAUAAAGAAGGACUCGCACAAGACUCUAAUCUACCGUGGAACACUCAGGCCGGGGUCUAUGUCACCCUUUUGGCAGCGAUGCAUGGCUCGAGCUACUCGCCCCUUUUCGACCGUCAUCUUGAACGAGGACACGAAGCAGGAGCUCAUUGAUGAUGUCACGGAUUAUCUCUGCCCUGCGACACAAAGAUGGUACGCGAAUAGGGGUAUUCCUUACCGACGGGGUUACCUUUUGCACGGUCCUCCCGGCACAGGAAAGAGUUCUCUUAGUCUUGCUCUAGCUGGUUACUUCCAAAUGCGGAUUUAUAUCGUCAGUCUUAGCUCUAUGACAGCUAGCGAGGAAAGUCUCGCCUCUCUAUUCGCUGAGCUACCUCGUCGCUGUGUGGUUCUUCUCGAGGAUAUCGACUCUGCAGGUCUCACUCACACACGUGAGGAAAACCAGCCUCUACCCCAACCUCAGAAGGAUGACUCGGAUGAUGAAAGCGAUGAAGAGAAGGUUCCUGGACAAAUAACGAAUGGCGAGAACACUCCAAGUACUGGUCGUUCCAAUGGUUUGUCUUUAUCUGGAUUACUUAACAUUCUAGAUGGUGUGGCAUCGCAAGAGGGCCGAAUUCUGAUCAUGACGACAAACCAUGUUGAAAAAUUGGACAAGGCUCUGAUUCGUCCGGGACGUGUUGAUAUGACUGUUCACUUCAGCCUAGCGGAUGAGGGCAUGUGUUCUGCCAUCUUCCGUGCUAUUUUCGCGAGCCUAGAUGGUGACGAUGAGCCCGAACCUACCGAUACCCCUCUCGACGCGGAAACCAGACAGAGACUGAACGAGGAGAAGGCUAAGAAGCGGGCGGCUAAAGAUGUUCAUGUGUCAGCCCUAGCGGAGGAAUUUGCGUCCAAGAUACCGACACACGAGUUCAGCCCUGCCGAGCUACAAGGUUAUCUCAUGAAGCAUAAGCGCAAUGCUCAGAGGGCAGUUGAGAAUGUGAACAGCUUUAUCGAGCAAACCCGGAAAGAUCAUAAGGAGAAGGAGUUCAAGGAAGCGGAGAGGAAACGCAAGGAAGAGGCCAAGAAGAAGGAAGAGGAAGAGAAGAAGCAGCAAGAAGAGGCUAAGGAAGCAGAGAAGAAGAGCAAGGCCCAAAUGAAGGGCUCAAAGAAGUCAAAGUCAUCGUCGACCUCGGAUGAAUCGACGGCCGAAGAGAAUAAGACGGAGAAGGAGGUUCCCACGACCGAAUCCUCCGCAGAUAAAUUGGAUGUUAAGGUGACGGAUGGACCGGGCCGCAGGAAAGAUGAUUCUGGAUAUGUUACACCAGCGAGCGGGGAGCCGUGAUGGUGAUGACGUCCCAACAGUUGGUGAAUAGAUGAAUAGAUAUCGUCUUAUCUUUAUGUAGCGGAUCGUGUAGAAUUUUCUUACCAUAUAGAUAAAAUACCCUUGUAGAGUUUCAGCGUAUUAUUCCCGCAUCAUACUCGUCGUGGCCUAGGUGUGAGAUUUGUUGAUGUUGAUCGUUCACAAAAGUGAGCUGAUGGAUUACGUGUGGGAGAAGUGUGGUCAGCCACUUUCGUAAGGUAGAAGGCAACCAAUCAUUGAGUUCCGA